GGGCAGAGAGAGAUGGAGACAGUAUCUGCAGCAGGCUCCAGGCUCUGGGCUAUCAGCACAGAGCCAGACACAGGGCUCAAAUUCACAAGCAGGGAGAUCAUGACCUGAGCCGAAGUUGGACACUCAACCAACUGAGCCACCCAGGCAUGCCUCUGCUGACAUUUUCCAGUGAUUCCUUUUACAUAAGACCAUACCUACAGUGGCUUCUGGUUCUUUGGGGGAUGGUGAGUCUACCUGCCCCUGGGGCCCCUCAGUCACAAGUCUAGCUACUGAGAUAAUGCAAAUAAAUAUCUGAGCAAGUUAAUGAGUAAGCUGUUAGGAUGAAAGGUCAGGAAACAUGAUUUUAUCUGGAAUGUCAGAAUGGGAGAUAACAUCCCAAACUGCAACUUGAGUCCACCUUCUCUGAGGAAGACUUAAUAAGAAACAACAGAGUCACAAAAGAGCCUUCAUUCCAGAAGUGCUCCAGGAAUCAUGCUGGAGAAGUUCUGCAACUCUACAUUUUGGAAUUCUUCAUUCCUGGAUAGCCCAGAAGCAGAUCUGCCACUUUGUUUUGAGCAAACUGUUCUGGUGUGGAUUCCCUUGGGUUUCCUUUGGCUCCUGGCCCCUUGGCAGCUUCUUCGUGUAUACAGAACCAAGAUCAACAGAUCAUCUAUCACCAAACUCUACCUUGCUAAGCAGGUGCUUGUUGGGCUCCUUCUUAUUCUAGCAGCCAUAGAACUGGCCCUUGUACUCACAGAAGACUCUGGACAAGCCACGGUCCCUGCCAUUAGAUACACCAAUCCAAGCCUUUACCUGGGCACAUGGCUCCUGGUUUUGCUGUUCCAACACAGCAGACUAUGGUGUGUGCAGAAGGACUCUUGGUUCCUGUCCCUAUUCUGGAUUCUCUCAGUACUCUGUGGCAUCUUCCAGUUUCAGACUCUGAUCCGGACACUCUUAAAGGGCAACAAUUCUAAUCUGGCUUAUUCCUGCCUGUUCUUCAUCUGCUAUGCACUGAACGUCCUGAUCCUGAUACUUUCAGCAUUUUCAGAAAAAGAUGACUCCUCAAAUAAUCCAUCAUUCACGGCUUCAUUUCUGAGUAGCAUUACCUUUAGUUGGUAUGACAGCAUUGUUCUGAAAGGCUACAAGCAACCUCUGACACUCGAAGAUGUCUGGGAUCUUGAUGAAAAGAUUAAAACGAAGACACUGGUCAGCAAGUUUGAAAAAUGUAUGGCACGAGAGCUGCAGAAGGCCAGGAAGGCAGUCCAGAGACGACAGCGGGGGAGAGCACAGGGGAACUCCGGGGACAGGCUGCAUGGCUUGAACAAGAAUCAGAGUCAAAGCCAAGAUAUCCUUGUCCUGGAAGACGUUAAAAAGAAAGAAAAGUAUGGCACCACAGAAAACUUUCCCAAGGCCUGGUUGGUCAAGACUCUCUUCAAAACCUUCUACGUCAUGCUCUUGAAGUCCUUCCUACUGAAGCUGAUGCAUGACCUCCUCAUGUUUCUGAAUCCUCAGCUGCUGAAAUUGCUGAUCUCCUUUGCAAAUAACCGAGACGCGUAUGUGUGGGCUGGAUAUCUCUAUUCGGUCCUCUUCUUUGUUGUGGCCCUCAUCCAGUCUCUCUGCCUUCAGAAUUACUUUCAACUGUGCUUCAUGCUGGGGACAAGUGUGCGGGCAACCAUCAUGGCUUCCAUAUAUAAGAAGGCGCUGACCCUAUCCAACCAGAGCAGAAAGAAAUACACCAUUGGAGAAACUGUGAACCUGAUGUCUGUGGAUGCCCAGAAGCUCAUGGAUGUGACCAGCUUCAUCCAUUUGCUGUGGUCAAAUAUUCUACAGAUUACUUUAUCUAUCUCCUUCCUAUGGGCAGAGCUGGGACCCUCAGUCUUAGCAGGUGUUGGGGUGAUGGUACUUCUAAUCCCAAUUAAUGGGAUACUUGCCGCCAAGAGUAGAGCUGUUCAGGUAAAAAAUAUGAAGAAUAAAGACAAACGUUUAAAGAUCAUGAAUGAAAUUCUCAGUGGGAUCAAGAUCCUGAAGUAUUUUGCCUGGGAACCUUCAUUCAAAAAGCAAGUCCGUGAACUUCGGAAGAAAGAGCUCAAGAACCUGCUGAUCUUCGGUCAGAUGCAGACUAUAAUGAUAUUUCUCUUACAAUUAAGUCCAGUCCUGGUGUCUGUGAUCACAUUUUCAGUUUACGUUCUGGUGAAUAGCAAUAAUGUUUUGGAUGCAGAAAAGGCCUUCACCUCCAUCACCCUCUUCAAUAUCCUGCGUUUCCCCCUGGGUAUGUUUCCGAUGGUAAUCACCUCCAUGUUACAGGCCAGCAUUUCUACAGAACGGCUAGAAAAGUACUUGGGAGGGGAUGACUUGGACACAUCCGCCAUUCGACAUGAGUACAAUUUUGACAAAGCUGUGCAGUUUUCAGAGGCCUCCUUUACCUGGGACCGGGAUCUGGAAGCUACAAUUCGAGAUGUGAACCUGGACAUUAUGCCAGGCCAAUUGGUGGCUGUGGUGGGCACUGUGGGCUCUGGGAAGUCUUCCUUGAUGUCAGCCAUGCUGGGAGAAAUGGAAAAUGUCCACGGGCACAUCACCAUCAAGGGCACUAUAGCCUAUGUCCCACAGCAAUCCUGGAUCCAGAAUGGCACCUUAAAGGACAACAUCCUUUUUGGAUCCGAGUUGGAUGAAAAGAAAUACCAGCAGGUUCUGGAGGCCUGUGCCCUCCUCCCAGACUUGGAAGUGCUGCCUGGAGGAGACCUGGCCGAGAUUGGAGAGAAGGGUAUAAAUCUCAGUGGGGGUCAGAAGCAGCGGAUUAGCCUGGCCAGAGCUACCUAUCAAAAUUCAGACAUCUACGUUCUGGAUGACCCCCUGUCAGCCGUGGAUGCUCAUGUGGGAAAACAUAUUUUCAAUAAGGUCUUGGGUCCCAAUGGCCUAUUGAAAGGCAAGACUCGACUCUUGAUUACACAUAGCAUUCGCUUUCUUCCCCAAGUGGAUGAGAUUGUGGUUCUGGGGAAUGGCACCAUCCUGGAGAAGGGAUCCUACAGCACUCUGCUGGCCAAGAAAGGAUUGUUUGCUAAGAUUCUGAAGACAUCCACAAAACAGAUGGGUCUUGAAGGAGAGACCACAGUCAAUGAGGACAGUGAAGAAGAUGACUGUGGGCUGAUGCCCAGUGUGGAGGAAAUCCCUGAGGAGGUGGCCUCCUUGACCAUGAGAAGAGAGAACAGCCUUCAUCGAACACUUAGUCACAGUUCUAGGUCCAGUAGCAGGCACCAGAAAUCCCUAAAAAACUCUUUGAAAACUCGGAAUGUGAAUACCCUGAAGGAGGAGGAAGAACUAGUCAAAGGACAAAAACUAAUUAAGAAGGAAUUCAUACAAACUGGAAAGGUGAAGCUGUCCAUCUACCUGAAAUACCUGCGAGCCAUGGGAUUGUGUUUGAUAUUCUUCAUCAUCAUUGCCUAUGUGAUCAAUGCUGUGGCUUAUAUUGGAUCCAACCUCUGGCUCAGUGCUUGGACCAAUGACUCUAAAACCUAUAAUGGCACUAACUAUCCAGCCUCACAGAGGGACCUGAGAGUUGGCGUCUAUGGAGCUCUGGGAUUGGUACAAGGUGUGUUUGUGCUCCUAGGAAAUCUUUGCAGUGCCUGUGCUUCCACUCACGCGUCAAACAUCCUUCACAAGCAACUGCUAACCAAUAUCCUUCGAGCACCCAUGAGUUUUUUUGACACAACACCCACAGGCCGGAUUGUGAACAGGUUCGCUGGUGAUAUCUCCACGGUGGAUGACACCCUCCCCUUGUCCCUGCGAAGCUGGAUACUGUGCUUCCUGGCAAUCAUCAGCACCCUUGUCAUGAUCUGCAUAGCCACUCCCAUCUUUAUCACCAUCAUCAUUCCCCUUGGCAUCAUUUAUACAUUUGUGCAGAUGUUGUAUGUGGCUACUUCCCGCCAGCUGAAACGUCUGGACUCUGUCACCAGGUCCCCAAUCUACUCUCACUUCAGUGAGACUGUGUCAGGUUUGUCUGUCAUCCGUGCCUUUGAGCAUCAGCAGCGAUUUCUAAAACAUAAUGAGGUGGGGAUUGACACCAACCAGAAAUGUGUCUUCUCUUGGAUUGUCUCCAACAGGUGGCUUGCAGUCCGUCUGGAGCUGAUUGGGAACCUGAUUGUCUUCUUUGCAUCUAUGAUGAUGGUUAUUUAUAGAGAUACACUAAGUGGAGACACUGUGGGCUUUGUUCUGUCCAAUGCACUUAAUAUCACACAAACCCUGACCUGGUUAGUGAGGAUGACGUCAGAAGUAGAGACCAACAUUGUGGCUGUUGAACGAAUAAAUGAGUACAUCAAAGUGGAAAACGAGGCACCCUGGGUGACUGAUAAGAGACCUCCCCCAGGUUGGCCCAGCAAAGGGGAGAUCCAGUUCAACAACUACCAACUACGGUACCGGCCUGAGCUGGAUCUCAUACUGAAAGGGAUCACCUGUGACAUUAAGAGUAUGGAGAAGGUUGGUGUGGUCGGCAGGACAGGAGCUGGGAAGUCAUCCUUGACAAAUGCCCUCUUCAGAAUCCUAGAGGCUGCAGGUGGCCAGAUCAUCAUUGAUGGGGUAGAUAUUGCUUCCAUUGGGCUCCAUGACCUCCGAGAGAAACUGACCAUCAUCCCCCAGGAUCCCAUCCUGUUCUCUGGAAGCCUGAGGAUGAAUCUAGAUCCUUUUAACAACCACUCAGAUGAGGAGAUUUGGAAGGCCCUGGAGCUGGCUCACCUCAAAUCCUUUGUGGCUGGCCUGCAACUUGGAUUGUCCCACAAAGUGACAGAGGCUGGUGACAACCUUAGCAUAGGGCAGAGGCAGCUGCUGUGCCUGGCCAGGGCUCUGCUUCGGAAAUCCAAGAUUCUGAUCAUGGAUGAGGCCACUGCUGCGGUGGAUAUAGAGACCGAUCACCUUAUCCAGACGACCAUCCAAAAGGAGUUCUCCCACUGCACGACUAUCACCAUUGCUCAUAGGCUCCACACCAUCAUGGACAGUGACAAGAUAAUGGUCCUAGACAACGGGAAGAUUGUAGAGUAUGGCACCCCUAACGAACUGCUGAAAAAUUCUGGCCCCUUUUGUUUGAUGGCCAAAGAAGCUGGCAUUGAAAAUGUGAAUAGCACAUCACUCUGACAGUAGGUGCCAUGGGCUGCAGAAGGAAGGAUUAUUCCUUAUUUUUUAUGAAAGCUAUCACACAGAAGUAUGUGAAAUGUACCUUUUAAAGAAGGGUAUUACCAGCUCCAGCAGAACCCCUGUUUUGUGAACCCACUUUGAUUAUACCUCCUUCCUACUUCCUUUCCCAGAGAUAACUACUAUCCUGAAUUUUGUGAUAAUUAUAUCCUCCUGCCUUUCAUUUUAGUUUUACUACUUGGUAUGUAUCCUUAAACAAGGUGUACUUUUUAAUUUAUGUAAAUGGCCUCACUCAUACUUGACGUAUUCUUCUAUUGCUUUCGUUCAGUUUUAUUUUUGAGAUUCAUGCAUGUUGAUGCACAUAGUGAGGCUGGUUCUUUCUCACCGUUCUGUAGUGUGGCAGUGUAUAAAUGACACAGUGUAUCCAUUUUUAAAAAUGUUUUUAUUUAAAAAAAUUAUUUUAAUGUUUCAUUAAUUUUGAGAGAGAAACAGUACGAGCAGGGGAGGGGCAGAGAGAGAGAGACAUACAGAGCCCGAUGUGGGCCUUGAGCCCACAAACAGAUCAUGACCUGAGCCAAAGUUGGACGCCUAACUGACUGAGCCACCCACGUGCCCCAACAGUGUAUCCAUUUUAAUGUUGGUCAGUAGGGUUUUUUCUAUGGUUCCCUCCGCCUCCCGUUAUGAACAAUACUGCUGGGAACAUUCUGGUAUAUUACUCCUGAGAUACGUGUGUAAGAGUUUCUUUAGGAUAUAAUGUAGGUAUGGGGAGUAUGCACAUGUUUACAUGCAUACACUAGGUGAUGCCAAUUGAAAACCCUUUUUGUCAAACUGAUGAGUAUGAAUUAUUAAUCUCUCUCUGGUUACUAGUAAGGUUUCAGUAUGAGGUUUCUGCUGGCUCUUAUUCAUGAUGCUUCAUUUCCUUGUAUGCCUUGUGAAUUUUGACUGUAAGCUGGUCAUUUUAUCUGUGGAUAUUCUUGGAGGACUGAGUGGAAUCUGAGCUCUCCUAAACAAAACUGGGAAAGCUUCUGCCUGUCACUUGGGGGCAUUACCCAGAACCAGUUUGAAUUCAAUUCUCCACUAGGGGCUUCAAACCAUACAGUUGGUGUGACUUCAGACUGCAAUUCUGCACAAGGACCAACGUGUGGUUUACCAAUUCUGCAGGGAGAGUCCUCCCCUUGACCUAGUGUCAGGCUAGAGACCGACACGUUGCCUUGUUGACUCCUUCUGCAUGAUGGGGUUUAUUCCUCAUUUACUUGUACACUGUUGGGUCCAGGUUUAUCAGAGGGCCUCCUGUCCUGGGCUUUGGCAUCUUGUAUUACCAACAAAGGUCAAAGUCCUCUGGUUUCAGAAGUCACCCCAAGCUCUGACCCUUCCUUAUCUUCCGGAUUUUUUUGUGUCACAUUAUCUUGGGGUCAGUACGUUCUUGACUUCCAUUUAGUGAUGAAAUUAUAUAAAAUAUCUUCAUUUGUUCAUUUUAGCUGUUGAGUGAGAUGCUCAGAGACUGGAAGUGCCUGCAGUAAGAGAAUAGUAGCUACAAGUUGGGAUGCGGAAGGGAUUUUUCCUAUUUGCUCUGUUCCCAUCAGCAGCACCCCUAGCAAUGGCGUCUGCAGCGGCAGGCCAUACGGGUGGCAGCACCGACUGCACUUUGUCUAGUACUCCCAGAACCGGUGUCCUCAUGCUCCUGGGAGACACGAGCAGCUCACCCUCCCAGAAGUCUGGGUUUCAGCUCUGUGGGGCACCUCCUCUGUUUUGUUCGAAAUCUGUCCCGGCGAUGGGGAUGGCAAUUGUGGCAGGCACAGCUAUUCUCCAGAGGUAGCAGUGGAGGGGUCCCAGCACCAGGGUCCAGUGAGGUUGAGCAUCAUUCCUGGCUUCAAAGACUCCAAUCUGGCUUUCUUCGUCUCUCGGAGAGUCAGUGAGCUACCUACUGACAUGUGAAAACUCCCUUUCUGCUUAGGUUUACCAGAGUUAGGGGCUGUGGUUUGCAACUAAAAAUACUCUCCAGCUAAUUUAUGGUCACUGUGUUUAUCACUUUGUCAGAUAAUUUUCUGUUUGGGUCUCCAUAGUUGUGAGCCUCUUGAAAACAGUAACUAUUUUUUUGUGUAUCUCCAGGAGCUAGAAUAGAGCAAGUGAACACACAUUUUUUUCCAAUGUUCGAAAUUAUAUAAACACAAUGGGAAAGAUGUGUGCUAACAAUGCAGGAGCAGGGAAAGAAAAGUAACUCCACAUGAUACAUUGGCACAAACAGACUAAGUGUACCAAUCAAACCUCAAUUUUUUGCAGGCUAGUUUUGUACAAAUGCCUUUUGAAAUACUCCCUGAAGAAAUUUGUUCCAUUUAGGUCAUAGGACAAGAACACAUUCAAUCACAAAUGCACACUGAUCAUGACUUUGCUAACUUUUAAGUAAACACUGUUGUAUAAACAUUGACAGUAAGCAGAGAACUUAUUUAGCUAUAAGUGUGGAGUCUUCCACGUAGACUCUAAACUGUUUUUUAAAAGGCUUUAUGUUGGGGCACCUGGGUGGCUCAGUCAGUUGGGCAUUCAACUUCAGCUCUGGUCAUAAUCUUACAGUUUGUGAGUUCAAGCCCUGCAUCAGGCUCUGUGCUGACAGCUCAGAGCCUGGAGCCUGCUUCAGAUUGUCUCUCCCUCUCUCUCAAAAACAAACAAAAAAUAUGAAGAAAAAAAAAAAAGGAAGCAUUUAUCAAGCAAAUGGAUAUGAAAAGAAAGCUGAAUUAGCAAUACUUACAUCGGACAAAAUAGAUUUUUAAGAUAACCAUAAAGGGAACAAUCUAAGAGGAUAUAAAAAUUAUAAAUAUUUAUGCAUCCAAUAUGGACAUGGGAGCAAAUACAUAAAGCAGUAAAUAAUAAAGUAAUUGAUAGUAGUACAAUAAUAGGGGACUUCAACAUCCCACUUAAAUCAAUGGACAGAUCACUCCAACAAAAAAUCAACAAGGAAACUGGACCAGAUGGAUUUAACAAGAUAUAUUCAGAGCAUUCCAUCUUAAAACAGAACACACAUUCUUCUCAAAGUGCACAUGGAACAUUCUCCAGAAUAGGUCACAUAUUAGGCCACAAAACAAGUCUCAACAAAUUCAGAAAGUUCAAAGUCAUACCAGGCAUCUUUUCUGACCACAACACUAUGAAACUGGAAAUCAACCACAAGAAAAAAUCUGGAAGAAGCACAAAUACAUGGAAGUUAAAUAACAUGAUACUAAACAAUGAAUGGGUCAAGCAAGAAAUCCAAGAGGAAAUUAAAAAAAUACAUGGAGACAAAUGAAAAUAAAACCAUGGUCCGAGAUCUUUGGGAUGCAGCAAAAACUGUUCGAAAAAGGAGGUUUCUAGCAAUACAAGCCUACUUUAAGAAAAAUCUCAAACAACCUAGCCUAACACCUGAAGGAACUAGAAAAAGAACAAACAAAACUCCAAGAGAAGAAAGGAAGGAAUAAUGAUCAGAGCAGAAAAAAAUGAUAUAGAACCAAACAACAAACCAUACAAUAGAACAGAUCAAUGAAAUCAGGAGCUGGUUCUUUGAAAAGAUCAAUAAGAUUUUGAUUUAAAAAAAAAGGACUCAAACAAAAUCAGACAUGAAAGAGGAGAAAUAACUGAUACCACAGAAAUACAAAGGAUUCCAAGAGAACAUUAUGAAAAAUUGUAUGCCAGCAAACUGAACAGCCUAGAAGAA